ACAAAGACACCAAUAAGGGCGAUGAAACUACAGUAAUCAGGGAGAACAACCUGAGUGGAUGAUGAGUUUCGAUCUAUUACUAGAUACUAUAGUUUUACCAAUGUCUGUAUCCUUUUUCUGGUCUUGAUUUAUUCCUUUUUUUCUUAAAGAGACUGGUUCUGCAGUUUGGACAAUGAAUUAUGAGGGAGAGAUGGGAUCUAGCUGGUGACAGAAAGAAUGAAGAAGGGGAUGACUAAUGGUUGGUGAUGAUGUUUUCAUAGAACAGAGAAGGAACAAAUUAGAUUGUGAUUGAUUAAGUUUUUCUUGAAUAACAAAUUUAGAGUUAUUACACUUUUAUAAUCUAAAAUUAUGGAUUUUGCUGAUUAACCUUCUUGAAACAUAUCAAUUUAAUAUAUUAUAUUCUCAAUAUUUUAUUUUUAAAAAUACCAUUUAAUAUAUCACGUAGAGGAGUCAUGGAUAUAUGCAUCGCAUGGGUAAGAAGUGGGGUGUUGAGAAUUGAAAAACUCGAUUUCCUAUUCAUCCUCUGUCUUCUUUCUCAUUCUCACAAUCUUUCCUCCUUGUCGUUUAUGCUAUUAUCACAGUGAGAGAGAAAAGAGACGGAGAGAGAUCAAUUUGUAUUUCUUCUAUUAUUACUAUUAUUGUUGUUGUGAAUACUCAUUCUCUAGGGUUUGGUGUUCCACUUCAGAAGCAAGAUACUGAAGGAGGAGGAGAAAGAGAGCUAGCUGGCUAGCCUAUUAGUUUCUGGAAAUUAGGGUUUUAAUGUUAUUCUUCUUAUUUUUAAUAAAAUCAAUUCAAAUUUGAAAAGAAGAGAGGUUGGUAAAAACUGUUGCGAAUUUGAAUCUCUCUGUGCGUACGUGCGCGCGCGUGGAAAAAUAAAAAUAAAGAAAGAGAAGAUGAUGGAAGGGAGGAGGAUAUCAGCAGCGAAUCCAAGGCCGUGCUCAGGGAGAAGGAUAUUAGCAGCGAAGAAACGGGGUCGUUCUGAUGGGUUCUUAAACAGUGUUAAAAAGCUUCAAAGAAGAGAGAUUUCUUCUAAACCAGAUCGUUCUUUCAGCAUCACCAAUGCCCAAGAGAGAUUUCGCAAUAUGCGUUUGAUGGAAGAAUACGAUACUCAUGAUCCGAAGGGCCAUUGUUCAGUGGUACUACCUUUUUUGAUGAAGAGAACAAAAGUUAUUGAGAUUGUCGCCGCACAAGACAUCAUCUUUGCUCUUGCACAUUCUGGUGUGUGUGCUGCUUUUAGUAGAGUGACAAAUCAUAGGAUAUGUUUUUUGAAUGCGAGUCCUGAUGAAGUCAUUCUAAGCUUGUUCUACAAUAAAAACAAUGAUUCUGUCAUCACUGUUUCUGUCUAUGCAUCAGACAACUUCAGCUCCUUGAAAUGCAGAUCAACAAGAAUUGAGUACAUUCGAAGGGGUAAUCCAGAUGCAGGUUUUGCUCUGUUUGAGUCUGAAUCCUUGAAGUGGCCAGGUUUUGUAGAGUUUGAUGAUGUCAAUGGAAAGGUGCUAACAUACUCAGCACAAGAUAGUAUGUACAAGGUUUUUGACCUAAAAAACUACACUAUGCUGUACUCUAUAUCAGAUAAAGAUGUACAAGAAAUCAAGAUCAGUCCAGGCAUCAUGUUAUUGAUUUUGAAUAGAUCAAGCAGCUAUGUUCCUCUUAAGAUUUUGUCAAUAGAAGAUGGCACAAUUCUCAAAGAUUUCCAUCAUCUGCUUCAUCGAAAUAAGAAGGUGGACUUCAUCGAGCAAUUUAAUGAAAAGCUUCUUGUCAAGCAGGAAAAUGAGAAUCUCCAGAUUCUUGAUGUUCGACAUACCGGUAUUAGGGAAGUUAGCAGAACUGAGUUCUUGACACCAUCAGCAUUUAUCUUCCUGUAUGAAAACCAGUUGUUCUUAACAUUCAGAAAUAGAACUGUUGCUGUUUGGAAUUUUCGUGGAGAGCUUGUUACUUCAUUUGAGGAUCAUCUCUUAUGGCGUCCUGACUGUAACACAAAUAACACAUACAUAACAAGUGACCAGGAUCUUAUCAUUUCAUACUGCAAGGCUGAAUCUGAUGACCAGUGGAUGGAAGGAAAUGACACUGUUUUGAGUGACUUUGAUGCUUUAACCAGUCCACAUUAACUAUGGAAUUUAAUUGACUUGGUUAAGAGUUAGAUCUGAUAUCAUCAAGAGCUCUGAUAUACUCUAAAGAACAAAUCCUGAUCAUAAAAGCAUGUAUAGAUGGCACGAUGCUGUAUCAACUUAAAACUACUAACACACUGUUGGCAAGAGGAACAAAUAAUCAUGAAGAAUUUGGAACACUUGUGUUCCUGACACCUGAAUGUAAAUAUUUUGGUCUGCGUGGUGUCCAUGAGGACAACCUAAGCGGUCUACCUAUGCCCUUUGAUGAUGUUUCUGCAUGAACUGCUUUUGUGGAAAGACCAAUAAGCUGUUGGACCUUUGUUCGUUUAAGAUCUUUUGGCAGUUGCCUUAAUUGUGAUGCUGUGAAGAGAACACCUGAUUGGGCAAUUAUCAAAUCUCACUAUCUGAUUCUUGACUCAGGUGGUUCUAUCAAUAUCAGCAAUAUCCUGACAGGAAAAUGCCUAGCUAAAAUAAAUGCCACCAAUGGCAGUCCCAA